GCUGAGCACCUUAUGAGACGAGCUAUUAAUAUUACUGAGCGUCAAUAUUGCUAUCCUGCAUAUUUCUUGGCGGUUGGGGGCCUUAUUCUUCCCUUCUUAAUUCACAAUUCACCGCCCGUUGAGUAUCAACACUGUGGAACUGGCUAGCUCAUAAGUAAAACGCGAAUUCCCACACCAUGGCUCUGCCACCUCUAGACUUCAAGCUCCUAGCCACUUUGGCAGCGGUCUCCGGCUCGGCCCUGUUUCUCAGUCGGACAGCUCUACCAUUUCUCAUCGUCCCAUCUCUCCCUACGCUUUGGCUUCCGUUCCGCAAAGGGAAAGCCGAGGUUCUGUUUAAGGAGAUUAUCAAGUACUCCGAAGACAUCAUCCUGGACCCCGAAUACGGUAUCGCGAUCAUCAGUUCUGACGGCAACCGGCCAAAAUGGAACACGGUCAUGGGCCCUCACAUCGAUCCUAAUCCGAAAGGGAGUUUGCACAUCUAUUCUUAUGCGUCAGACAGGACCAUUCGUAAGGUGCACCUGGUUGGGUUCCCAGAAGAUGCGGACUUCCACCCUCUUGGAAUCAACUACUUCCGCGCUUCCCACGGUGAUCGAACAAGACUGUUCGUUGUGAAUCACGAACGGACCGGGUGUAAAGUGGCUGUAUUCGAUAUCGACUACGAUAAAGCGGAAGCCCAGUAUAUUACGUCUAUUUCUGACGGCGGCAACAACAUUUUGUCUCCAAAUGCUCUUGCUCCGAUUUCAUAUACUUCAUUCUACGUGACGAAUGACCACUACUUUGUCAAGCGUAGGAACCCGCUUCUCAACACCCUGGAAACAGCAUUUGCUGUACCCCUCGGGUGGGUCACUCUGGUUGAUUUCUCAGGAGAGCAGCCAGUGUUCAAGACCGCUGCGAGGGGGAUCGCCUUCGCCAACGGCAUCGUCAUAACACCGACUGGGAAAGAGGUUGCUGUCGCAUCCACGAGCGCCAGUUGUAUAUACAUUUACGAGCGCGAUCCCGCUACCAACGAGCUCUCUCUGGAACCUGAGAGAGUCCAGGUGAACUUCCAUCCAGACAAUCUUAGUUUCAACGAGACUCUAGACGUCAAGGACCCAAGUGUAUUCGACGAGGACGGCAAGUUUCUUCGCGGGCUUAUCGCAGGAGGGGCUCCCUCUGCUAAGAAAAUCUUCGAAAUGGCACGAAAUCCCGAGAAAUGCAGAGCUCCUUCAAUUGUGGCAGAGAUCCGAAGAGGCAAUGGAAAAGAUCCGGCGCCUUUUGCAGCCGGGCCAUCAGGCCGUCGGAACAAAUACCGUGCCUUGACUUUGUACCAAAGUAACGGCGAGCAUUUCCCCACCAGUACAACGGGAGACAUGGACUCUAAAAAAGGCCGACUCCUUGUCUCUGGAUUGUAUGCUCACGGGAUCCUUGAGAUCUCUUGGGACCCGAAUGAGCCUCUCGACUAGACGGCUGAGGGUCCAGGAACUCUUGAUCCGUAUUGUUAUUUUUACUCAGCAAGCGCAAUGACUUUCUUUGUACUUAUGCAGCACUUUUGGUCUCUUGAAGCUGUAUCAUAGCGAGAGCACAAAAGAGAUCAACGUCCUCUGUGAAUAGCGACAAUAAAGUAAAUUGAGUGAAAAACUGCUUAUGCGGAAACUGCGGCGCUUGUACUAAGUAGUCCUCUCACUUGGCUCUUCCUACAUACCACAGAAGAGUCGGAAUAGAUCCAGAGAAUGAAAUAGAGUUCCUUCAAACGUAACGAUUCCUUUCUUUGCAAGGAUUCAUAAUCUCCUUCAAUCAAGCAAUGGCCUACUGCCUCCU